CGAAGAUGCAUGAGGCAUGAUGUUAACAACAAAAUCAUCACUGAUUAAGCGAUUGCGAUGCUGAUUGCCUGGAGGGGUCGUGGAGAAACGAUGGAGGUUCGAAAGGUGAGAGAAUGGAAGGCGGUGGAAAACAAUUCGGGGAAAAUUACGUUGGAGAGUUGGCUCGUCGACGCGGAGAAAUCGCUUUUCGGACGUCUGGGUUACCGAAGAAGACGAGGAGAUCCUCCGAAGUGAUUUUCAAACCGCCGCCUUCCGUUACGCGACCGCACGGGGACGUUGAUUUGAUUAAAAGAUACAGUUUAGGUUUCGGAUUUCCAGCGGACUCAACAUCCAGACGCAUAAAAAUUCCGACGAGAACAUCCCUCGUCGAUUCGCCCGCUCCGAACAAACACCAACUUCGCCUGGAUAGCGCCGAUUCAGCGGGAAAUCCUACUCCCGAUUGUUUGGCUAGCAAAAUACCUCUAAACAGGAAGUCGAAGGAACCCCAUCAAAGUCGACCGUCCGACUUCCAUAACAACUGGCAAAGAGAGAAUCAAACGGCUAAAGAAAAACGGGAAAGCGGCCAUUUAAGGAAUCUAACCGAACUAAACGGCCGCCCCCCGCAACCCUUCCCUGCCGGCGGAACCCGGCCGCUCGAAAAUCGAGGAAAAUGCGAGAAAUACAGGAAAAAGCCGACUCUAAACGGGGAUUUCGCCGGGGAAAAAGAAUUCCUUAUCGAGACAAAUGGCUUAAGGACCGGCGAAAGUGUAGCGAGUUUUAAACUUCCUUCAAACUCCAAAGAUAGCGACGCUACUUCCCUAGACCAGGGCAGCGCCUUCAAGACGGGGAAAGUGUCCGAUACAGACUCCGGCAUCGCCUCGCCCCUCUCGCCCGGCUCCGUCUACGGCUUCCUGGGGCACCUGGAUAAGGUUAACGGCUUCCCGAGAAAGCAUCCUAUCGGCCCAGCAGGAAGGGAGGAAGCUUUCCAGAAGAAUUGUUGUUGCUCCGGCGAAAGGGCGCAGCAUUCCUGGGGCAUAGCAGGACGGGUCACGUUUUCCUAUGAAUUCGCGUCCUGCGACGUUCCCGGCUCGAUUCGUCAGCUGUGCAGGUCGAUGGGAUAUCAGCAUGUGAAAAAUCCGAUUCGCUCCGGUUCGUUGUGUUUUCAUUUCGAGUUCGGUUUUAUUUUCAAACCUCCCAUCCAAACAGAAGCCGUCCCGUUGUGA